AGUCACAGAGCAGAAGGAAUCACAGAGAGUCACAGAGCAGGAGGAGUCACAGAGCAGGAGGAGUCACAAAGAGUCACAGAGCAGAAGGAGUCACAGAGAGUCACAGAGCAGGGCGCAUCAUGUCGGGCUACAGCCAUGAGAUCCAGCUCGCCACCAGCUUCCUGUGCAGCAGCUCUGGGUCCCUGCCGCUGCUGGACCUGCACCGGAAGCUGCUGCAGUGCUGCCACAUCACCAAAGAAGAGUUCCGCUUCAUCGUACAGAGGUGUCCCCGCUUCCAGCUGGUCCGCGGCCCCGGGCCGGCCGGCGGCUCCGGGCCUGAGGUCUGCUCGGUGCUGGCCAAAACGUCCCUGCGGCUGUGCAGCGGCUACGGCUGGGAGCAGUGCUCCGGCUCCGGCUGCUGUCCGCAGCUGCACCUCUGCAAAUUCUUCGUCUACGGAAAUUGCAGGUUCGGCAAGGGCAGGAAGCCGUGUAAAUUCUCCCAUGACAUUUACUCGGAUCAUAACUUCAGAUUGCUGCGAGAGUGCACACUGCAGCAGCUGGAUGCAGAGCAGCUGUUUGUGCUGCUGCUGCAGAACGACCCAGCGCUGCUGCCAGAGGUGUGUGUGCACUAUAACAAAGGCGGUCCUCGCGGCGGCUGCACCUUUCAGGAGAGCUGCACCAAACUGCACCUGUGUCAGCACUUUGUUCAGGGUGACUGCAUGUAUGGACUCAAUUGUAAACGGCAGCACACCAUCAACCAGCACAGCCGCCGCAUGUUGGAAGAGAGAGGCCUGAGCGGAGACAUCAUCCACGAGCUGCCCGUCAUCUGCAGAAACAUCCACCACCUCACUUCCACCGCCACAGAGAAACUUCCUGAUUCUUUGUGUCAGACGGACGAGAGGAAGGAAAUUUGUCUGCACUUCACCAGAAACAGCUGCAGGUUUCAGAACGAGUGUCGGCGUGUUCACUUCUACCUGCCGUACAAGUGGGAGGUGCUUGUUGGGGUCACGUGGACGGACCUGCAGCACAUGGAGAACAUCGAGCGAGACUUCUGUGACCCAUCUAACACUCAGAGCUGCGGCGAUCCGCCCGUUGACUUCCUGACAAUGACCCAGGCGUCACGACCCAUUCGGCGUCUCUCCACGGUUUCGUCGGUCACAAAGCCGCCUCACUACAUCCUGACGACUGAGUGGCUGUGGUACUACAGGCGGGACCAGGGGAGCUGGGUGGAGUACGGACAGCCGGAUGAAAAGCAGCGCACCACAUCAGUGACGUCGAGGACUCUGGAGGAGAAGUUCCUGUCUGACAGAACCACUGAAGUCAAAGUGGUGAAAGGCCAAAGACGAUACGUCGUCAGCUUCAAAGACAUGUACCAGAGGAACCCCAAACACAACACCAAGAGGAGAGUGUGUCGUCGUCCACGAUUUGUCUCUGUGGCCGAGGUGUAGAAACAUUAGGGGCAAACCACGGGACCGGAUUUAGUGCCUUAUCUUAGUUUAAAAUAUAUAUUUAAUGGUCGAGUCUGUUACUGUUGACUUCAAUGGAUUUUAACAUAACAUGCCAGCACAAUAACUGUUUUAAGUCUGUUAAGGUAUGUCAGGACUAUUUUUAUUUACUGUGGGAGAAAUUAUGACUUUAUUGUAUUUUAAUGAUUAGCAGGCUUGGGGAGUAACAGAAUAUAUGGAGCAGCGUUACGUAAUUAGGAUACAAAAAAAGGUAACUUUAUUAUUUUACAGACAAAAAAGAUGUAAUCAGAUUACUGAUACAUAAAGUAAAAUAAAGGGUAUACUUCCAUGCACAUACAUUGAAACACAAAUCUCACACAAUGGCUUCUAACGUUAGUGAAAAAAUGCUUUCACUAGGUGGAAAUGUCCACAUUAUUUAGUAGUAGUAUGUAUUAGCGUUGACAGCUAACGUGCUAACAUUAGCUGGAUGUUAUCAGCUGUUGCCAGUCUUUGCCAGUUAGGAAAACACAAAUUGAAUUUCAACUGUCCACAGUAAAUGUGUGCAUAAGAUGUACGUUUUGAUAUUUAAUUGUGCUUUAGAUACGAUAUGGCAGAUGAUUUAACUGCUAGCAUAAGUUUAGUAUUUAGCUAGCUAAAAUAAUGCAAAAAUAAUUAAAUACAUAAAGACAUACAUUUAAUAUUCAAUAAAUACAUCUAAAAAUAAAUGUAAAAUAUAUUCAUACAUAAAUACAUUUGAAUGUUAAUGAAAA